AUGCCACCUACUGUCAUCCUCGUUCGGCACGCGCAAGCAUUGCACAACGUCGAAAAUAAGUCUCCCGACUUUCCUCUCUCCUUCCUGUUUUGCAACAUUCUCACUAACAUAUACCACAAGACUACAAUAUCCAUGAUCCAGAUACCGAAGGACUUUGACGUUGGCCUCAUCAUUGUCAGCCCUUCAAUACGAACCAUCGAAACGGCGCUGCUCGCAUUUGGUGAUCUCAUCGAGAAGGGGGUACCAAUCGUGGCUCAUGCAGGAUGGCAAGAAAACUCCCUCCAACCCUGCGACACCGGCACCGCCCUCCCCACCCUCGCAACCCUCUUCCCGCAGGUCGACUUCCGCCCCGUCGACCCCCUCUACCCGGACAAGACCUCCGCCGCCGCCGCCCCCGUCUACGGCUACACGCGCCAAGCCAUCGUCUCGCGCGGCCAGACCGUGCUGCGCGAGCUGCGCGCCCGUCCCGAGAAGGCUGUGGUGGUAGUGUCGCACUCGGGGUUUUUGAGGGCGGGGGUGACGGGGCGGUAUUUUAUGAAUGCGGACUUUAGGGUUUUUGAGUUCCUUCCCGAAGGGGAGGGAGAUGGGUUGAGGUUGUGGGAGGGGAUGGAGGCGGGCGGGAUGGGGUGGAGUUGGGAUCGGGUUGUGCCGUUGGGGGAGGGGUUAUCUGAUGCGGAGGGUGGUGUGGAUGGUGUUGUGGAUGGUGUUGGGGAGGUGGUGGAUGGUGCGUGA